GAGCUGCCAGAUCGUUUCACAAGUAACCGCCACACGUGCCGCCGGUUUGUUUUGAUUUUGGAUGAAUUGGAUUUGUGUCCAAAUUAGCUAACGCCCGAUGAGCACCCAGAAGCUGGAGUACGACGCUGCGGUGGGCGGCCGGGUCACACUGCCGUCGCACGUGACCACGUACCAUUAUGCGGCGCAGGCUCUGCAGGAGAUUCGCAAUUUGGUGGCCGACUGCCAGGAGACGACGCAGCGGAGCAGCAAGCUAAUCUUCCAGACGCUGCCCAAGCACAUGCGACGCCGCGCCAUGUCGCACCACCCGAAGCGGCUGCCGCGCAAGUACCGCCAGGCGCACAAGUCCCAGAUGAGCAAGGGCGGCAAUCAGCCGGUCAACGGGAAGCGCCCAUCGAGGAAGUACCGCCGGCGACCCAAGAACCUAAUGCGGGAGUACGUGCGCCGACAGAGGCGACACGUCUGGCUGGAGACGCACAUCUGGCACGCGAAGCGUUUCCACAUGGUCGACCGCUGGGGCCACCGGUUGCCCUACGCCAGCUGCGACAAGACUUACCGCGCCUGCUAUCGCGCCAGCGCCGAGCACUGUCUGCUUCAGGACAUCUCCUUCUACGGUUGCGUGGAGCUGCGCGGUCCCUUGGACGUGCUACGCGAAGGUUUCGCCCGGCUAACCAGUCCGCAGUGUGGUUUGGGGAUCACAGCCCGAACUUUUCUGAGUGGACGACGCGAGGGCAGCGUGGAGAUAUUUGAGGAUGGCCGGUAUCCGCAUGGAGCUUUGCAGCGGGCCAGCUUCAUGUGGCGGCCGCGACGAGAGGAGGAGGAUGAGGAACAGGCGGAUCACACGCUCUGGCUGUGGCUGCAUCCCAGUGGCGCUCAAGCCGUGCUAAAUCAGUUGCUUAGCGUGUUCCAGCUAAAGUCCACGAGGCAACAAAAGCUACCUUUGAACGAGGCUGUGGAUGAGGAAACGAUGGAUGAGGAUAAGAUUGAGCCUGUGGAGUUGUCCAAGGAAACAUCGCCCGCCAAGAAAACGAAGAAGAAGCCUGAACAGAAACCCCUUCGCUUCUGGACAAAAACCAAAGCAUUCGAACUACAGCCUAGCUACUUCAAUUCCGAUGGCACCCUCCACUUGGUGCUGCUGCAGCGGGAGUUCAAUCGUUUCCGCUUGACAGGACCUCGAGCCCAAGAAGUUUUACUUGCCAGCUUACGUCCGCAACAACUAGAGGAAGUCCAGGAUCAAUCCAACUACUGUCAGGCAGCCUUGCAGCUCAGCUCGCCCGCCGAACUGCUGUCCAAUCUAGUGAUGGGACCCCUUGUGGUGGAUCCGCGUCUGCAGCGGCCGAGGAAGCGCACGAAAGCAGACAGCAAAGUGGAACAGCCACCCUCCGCCGGUGAUCUUCUCGUAAAUCAGCCAAAGAGUCUGCCGGAGAGUCCACUGUGGAGCAAGGAGGCGCGAGAGCGACUGGCCAAGGGCAUCAUGUCAACGCACAAAUACGACCAGCUGCGGCAACAACAUGCCGUGGUGCCAGGAGCUCCAUGUGCCUUCGAGCAGCAAAUGCAGGCGCUUCCCGUAAUUCUUAUUCAACGACCAGGAUCUCAGGACCCCAGAUACAAGAGAUUGGCCUACGGCUGCGGCUGGGAUGUGAUUGCUCCGGCCGGAUACGGCAUGGCCCUCUGGCUCACACUCACCAUGUGGGGCGCCAGGCCAGGCGGACUGCGAGAACUGGAUUCGGUGGCUAGGGAGUCGGGCGCCGAGAUACAUUUGCCUGAUACAUUAGCUGGAGUUCAAAAAGCUGCUGCUUCGGCGGAUGAGCUCCGCGCCCGCUACUUCCGCAUGCCGCCCAACAAGCGCACCAACUACCGAAAACUGGCCGUGGUCAGUCCGUUCAGUGCUCCCUGGAAGCAUCUAGUGCGCGACUGGCGUGCCUCGUUCAGUCCAGCGAGCGAGGGAUCGUCGUUCUAUGUGCUGCGGCAUCGCCAGCAGCUGGAGGAGAUUUCCGAAUGCAUUCGACAUCGUAGCCCACUGCCACAGACUCUUCCCGAGGACGCCAUCAUCCAGAUUCAACUUCAAUUGCUAUCCCGCGGCCAUGUGAAGGACAACGCCCUGAUUUGCCUGCCCACGGCGGCGGAUCACAAGCAGCGCUGGAGGCAGAUGAAGCACAACGUCCAGGCCCCCGUUCACGUGGAGCCACCGCAGCCGGACCUGAAUGAACAGCCGCGCAAGGAUCUACGCCAGAGUCACAAGCUGAAGCUGAAGCGAUUGCGGUCGCGGAGGGUGCGCGAGAAGCGGCGCCUUCAGGAGACUGCCACCAAACGUGUCCACAUACGGCCGGCGAACACGGCUCAUCUCGUACGCGCCCAGCUGCAGGAGAUGUGCCGCCUGUGGCUGCCCACCAAUCCGGCGGAGAUGCGGGACAGUGUGCGUCGCCAGUGCAGUCGCCAGGUCUUCGGUUACGUGAGCACGGCCGGCUUCAGCUUCACGGAGGCACUCGUCUGUGCAGUUGGCUAUGUGACACCCGCCGGCCUGCAGCAGCUCAUCGGGGAGCUCCCAAAAUGCAAGGGUAACCGCAGGCAGCCGCCGCUGAUGUGCCUGUUGCGCGAUCCGGAUAGCCGCGACUACCGCUGGGCCAGCUUCCAGAUCAAUCUGAAUGUGGCCAGUCCAGCCUUUUAGCCCGUAGGUCGAGUAAUUGUAGUUACUAGUUGUAAGUUUGAUUUAAUCUGCUUUUGACUGUUGCCCGCAAAUAAAACAGCCUUGAAGUUUGUUGUACAUAUUUAA